AUGCUACUCGAAAGCCUUGUCGGUGCCUCCGUUAUUGGCGAAACGUCCCUCAAGCUCAGUACGUCCGUCGUUUGCGCCGUAUUCGCAUGGGGUGUCAAGCGAGUGAUGCACAAACGCCAAGGCAUCCCGGUCAUGGUUCUCGGCGUGUGCCUUGGAAAGCGAUACACCGUCGAAAAGUACAUGCCCGUGUUCGUCCUAUCUGCUGGUGUCUCCCUCUUCUUCGCGGGCACGGCCUCUCAAACGUCCAGCGAAGCCUCCCUUCCCCCCCAAGCGCCCCCCUCGGAAUUGAAAGCACAGGCCAAUACUCGCAACAUAGGCACUCUGGAAGACAAGUACAUGCACGAGAUUGAUGUGGGGGUGUUCGAGUUCAUGUUUCGCCUAAACGUGUACAAGUCCAUUUGGGCAUUUAUGUAG